AUGUGUUUGCAAUUACGAGAGCAGCAGCACCAGCACCACGAAGAAGAUGCCGCAGGAGAUCUGCCCUUGCGGCCGGCUAAGGCACGCAAGUCCACCCGCUGGGACAGACUCGAUGGCCGCUACGACUGGGACGAGCGCGGCGGGCUGCGCUUCAUCCCACGGCGUCAGACAGAGCCGCAGAACGAGCAGCAGGCAGAGCAGAGCAAGCAGGAGGAGCGGCCGGCGGUGAGAUCCACACGCCACCCAAGGCGUUGCAAGGGCAAGCGAGCGCCGAGGAAGUUUCAACCAACGCUUGAAGGCAUCCAAGAGAAGGGUCGUUGA